ACCAUCCCACACCCUCCUCCACCCUGGUGUGAAAAGUGCAGACGGUGAAGAGGUGCACACAUGUGCAACUGCAGAGAGUCAGAGCCAUGACUGAAGAUUCAUCCAUCCUCCGCUGAGAGUCAUGCUCUGCCCGAGUCCCCUUGGAAUGAAAUGCAUGAAGGGAGAGUUCAAGAGUUCGCUCUGUGGGGUUUUUUUGGUCAUCAAAAUGCCCUAUUUUACAAAACCUUUUAUUUUAUUUCUGUGUUUACUUAUUACGGGGGAAUGCCGUCAUCGGGAGCGGAGAUGGACGGGAACUGUGGAGACCCAAAAGCUUGGCACCUCUUUCGCAAAGAAGCCUCCAGAUGUGACCAAGUCUCGUAAAAUGAAGACAGAGCAUCUCAUCAAAGUAGAUGAUCAUGACUUCACCAUGAGGCCAGCAUUUGGAGGUCCUGCUAUCCCCGUGGGGGUCGACGUUCAGGUGGAAAGCUUGGACAGCAUCUCAGAAGUUGACAUGGACUUUACCAUGACACUGUACCUGAGACAUUACUGGAAAGACGAGCGUCUGUCAUUCACCAGCAGUACCAACAAGAGCAUGACAUUUGAUGGCCGUCUGGUGAAAAAGAUCUGGGUCCCUGAUGUAUUCUUUGUCCACUCUAAGAGGUCUUUCAUCCAUGACACAACCACAGACAACAUCAUGUUGCGUGUCUUUCCAGAUGGUCACGUGCUUUACAGUCUCAGAGUCACAGUGACUGCGGCUUGUAACAUGGACUUCAGCCGAUUUCCUCUGGAUUCUCAGACAUGUUCUCUGGAGUUGGAGAGCUAUGCAUACACAGAUGAAGACUUGAUGCUUUACUGGAAAAGCGGUGAUGAGUCCCUAAGUACGGAUGAUCGGAUUUCACUAUCACAGUUCCUCAUCCAAAAGUUCCACACUACAUCUCGUUUGGCCUUCUACAGCAGCACAGGCUGGUACAAUCGCCUCUACAUCAACUUCACGCUGAGACGCCACAUCUUCUUCUUUCUGCUGCAGACAUAUUUUCCUGCCACACUCAUGGUCAUGCUGUCAUGGGUGUCCUUUUGGAUUGACCGCCGGGCUGUGCCAGCAAGAGUUUCCCUGGGCAUCACUACUGUGCUAACCAUGUCCACCAUCAUCACUGGUGUGAAUGCAUCUAUGCCUCGAGUAUCUUACAUCAAGGCAGUGGACAUUUACCUCUGGGUCAGCUUUGUCUUCGUCUUCUUAUCUGUGUUGGAGUAUGCUGCGGUCAACUACCUGUCCACUGUCCAAGACCGUCGGGAACGGAAAAUGAGAGAACGUGCACGAUCCCAGUCACUGCCCUGCACAUGUGGUAUUUCCCAGACAAGAACCAUGGCAAUGUUAGAUGGCACCUAUAGCGAGGCCGAUACCAACAGUCUUGCCGGCUACACCGAAGAGCCAAUGGUGCCGGAGGAGGAGCAGGAAGAAAUGCACGAUGUGUCCGAAAAAACAGAACAUAUGGUGGUUCACCUAUCAGUGAGCAGUGAAUCCACCACCAUGAAGAAGAAGAAGAGUCUACGUACCCUAAACAUCAUCCAAAACACGCACGCCAUUGACAAAUACUCGCGUAUGAUUUUUCCGGGGUCAUAUAUUUUCUUCAAUCUUAUCUAUUGGUGUGUCUACUGCUGAACACACACCCGGUUUAGGGCUGCAGUCAUGGAAAAUGUCACAAAGACGGAAUACAAGCUUCAUUAAAAUGUUACAGUUCCGAACUAAUUAAAAGUGACUCUUGGGACCUAUGUUUGGUGCUUAAGAUCAUGGACAGUGACUGAACACAACAUAAAUCAGUUACAAUGCAAUACCAUUGACAUUGAAUUGGUGCGGGACGGCAACUUCUCACAUACACACACACAAAAUGUGUAUGUAUACUGUAUAUAUAGCACACACAUUUUUCUUUUUUUUUAUAAUUUGUUUGCUCUUAUGUACUCAUAAUUGUUGGGAGUAUUUUCUUAUUUUCAAUUUUAGAUGACAUUUUCCCAUUCUUGGAACAGAUUGUUAGAGAUAAGUCAAAGGUAUAUUGUCCUGGAAUGUGUAGUGUAGGUGUGUAAUUCCUUUUUGUUCUCAUCUGAUAAAACAAACAGAGAUUUUAUUUUUCUCGAUGAAAGAAUUAGUUAAAUGAACUGGAUGCAAUUAUUUCUUGAAACGUAUAUGAUGGUUGUAAUGAUUCGGAAA